CAUUGGGGAUUUCUCAGCAUAAGAGGAAAGUAGUGAGGGUCAUUUACCACCUCGAAAUUAUUUUGGCUUUGCAAAUAAGGACAGGGCAAACUUUGGCUCAUUCUCUGGAUCAGGGUUUUUCCUAAUUCAUUUUUGCCAUAGGAUUAAGCAUUUUUCGUUUUCACAUUGAAGCAAAUCACCAAAGGAAAGUCAUAGAAUUUGCUAGGAAAUAAGCAACCUUUGGGAAUGCUGAUCAAUGACAGUCUCAAUUGUAGAAAAGAGGGGCUUCUCUCGGAACCGGUACUUUGAUUUGAGGAAAAGGGAAAAUUUGAAUUGGGAUAAUGGGUUGCAUUUGCUCCAAAGGAAUUCUUCUUGGACAUUAUAAGAUUAAAGGCAGGGGUUUGAAGCGUAGCAAAUCUUCGAAAAGGUUUGCUGCAUCCUCAAGGAGAGACGAACUGGCGGUCACAGCCGAUGGCGGAGGCCACGACGGUGCAGAUCGACUGAUACCAAGCCCACAUGAGAUUGAGAAUGAAGUGGGGGAUAGGAAAGGCGAUGAUUUCAAUGAGAAACCAUCCAAAUCCCUUCAAAGACGAGCGACAAUGGACGUCCAGUUGAAAGUGGGUAAAGUAGGUAGCUUUCCCCUUGGCGAGAAAGCAGCCCAAGUGGUAGCCGGAUGGCCUUCUUGGCUGACAGCAGUGGCUGGAGAAGCUAUUAAUGGAUGGGUGCCUCGAAGGGCCGAUUCAUUUGAGAAGCUGGAAAAGAUUGGCCAAGGAACUUACAGCAGUGUGUAUAGAGCACGCGACCUGGAAACGAAUACAAUUGUAGCCUUGAAAAAGGUUCGAUUUGCUAAUAUGGACCCGGAGAGUGUUCGAUUCAUGGCAAGGGAGAUAAUUAUCUUGCGAAAGCUUGACCAUCCAAAUGUCAUGAAGCUGGAGGGUUUGAUAACUUCAAGGGUUUCUGGCAGUCUGUAUCUUGUGUUUGAAUAUAUGGACCAUGAUCUUGCUGGCCUCGCUGCGACUCAUAGGAUAAAGUUCACUGAAUCUCAGAUCAAAUGUUACAUGCAACAGCUACUUCGUGGACUUGAAUAUUGCCACAGCCAUGGUGUUCUACACCGUGACAUAAAAGGCUCUAACUUAUUAGUGGACAACAACGGCAAUCUCAAGAUUGGAGAUUUUGGAUUGGCAACUUUUUUCCGGACCAAUCAAAAUCAGCCUCUAACAAGUCGCGUAGUCACUCUUUGGUACCGACCUCCUGAGCUGUUGCUUGGUUCUUCAGAUUAUGGAGUUUCUGUGGAUUUGUGGAGUUCUGGUUGCAUCCUAGCUGAAUUGUUUGCUGGGAAGCCGAUAAUGCCUGGAAGAACAGAGGUGGAGCAAAUGCACAAAAUUUUCAAACUCUGUGGGUCUCCUUCAGAAGAAUAUUGGAAGAAGUCAAAAUUGCCACAUGCAACCAUUUUCAAGCCUCAGCAACCUUACAAGCGCUGCCUCCUGGAGACAUUUAAGGAUUUUCCUUCAUCCGCACUGGCCCUGUUAGAUGUUCUUCUCGCAGUUGAACCAGAAUGCCGUGGAACGGCUUCUUCAGCCCUUCUAAAUGAUUUCUUCACAUCCAAUCCUCUUCCGUGUGAUCCGUCAAGUUUGCCGAAGUAUCCAUCAAGCAAGGAGUUUGAUGCCAGACUUCGAGAUGAGGAAGCCAGAAAGCGUAAAGCUACUGCUGGUAAAGUUCGUGGUCUUGAAUCAAUCAAAAAGUGUUCGAAAGAGUCUAAAGUUGUGCCUAUGUCACAUGACAAUGCUGAUUUUAAGGCAUCCAUUCAGGAGCGACAAGGGCAAUCGAAUCCCAGAAGUACCAGUGAGAAACUGGGAGGAACGACCCAGAACAAUGUCACUCCAUCUGGACAAUCAGCAGAACCCAGUCUUAAUGGAUCAUCACAAAUUGGAAAUGCAAAUGAGGGCGAGGCUUUGACUGUGACAGGCCGAGAACUUGAUUCUUCAAGUGGUGGUGCCGAGUUGACAAGGCAGAGAUCUUUCAUGCAUAGAAGAGCAUCGCGGUUAUCCAGGUUUUCUAAUUCUGUUGCGGUAGGAGCUGAUUCCCUUCUCGAUUGUAGUAGGGAGACAGGUGCUAAUGUUGAAUGGAGGGACGAGGCUUUUGUUGCCAGGUGUAAUUAUCAAGAUGGUGGCGAAUCAUCGGGAAAGCAUGACUGGUCUCAUCAUUUGCUACAUAAGCCGAUGUCUUUGUUUAAGAAGGCCGGAGAGCACCCCGGGCGGGAGUCCAUUGCGAGUUAUUCUCCCAAAAAGAGCCGAAUCCACUAUUCUGGACCUUUGCUUCCCGCGGGAGGUAACCUCGAUGAAAUGCUCAAGGAGCACGAGCGACAAAUACAAAAUGCCGUCCGGAAAGCUCGCCUUGAUAAGGUCAAGACAACGAAUCAUGGGCAGGUGGGGGCACUUUUCUAUUGGCCAAAUGGUAGGUGAUGCUAAGGACUUCGUGCAAUUUUCUCUUGAAGCAAUGACGCCCAUGAGAUGGCAAUGGUGACGACAGGAAGCAGAAUUCCUAAAAGAUGUGAUCAACACAAGCAUUUUGUGUCGGAGCAUCUGCUGAUUGCACGUCACCGAGUACUUGUCCUUAGCACUUGAUGACGCUCCUCGUGCCGUAUCAAAUCCUAAGCAAUCGGGUUUUGGCAUUGGUAAAAUCAAGUGGCGGUCUUGUUUUGGUGCUCCAACAAUGGAAAGAGCUGUAUAUUGUCAAUGUUUGCUCUGAUUGUUGGAAGCAUUCUCUGUACAGUGAUGGCCCAUCUCCAUCUCUUCAUUGACUGCCCCUUGACUUGACUAUGGAAAGGUUGCUACAUAAUUCGAAUAAAAUUGCUGAAAUCUGGUAAUUUUGAGACAGGGUAUUCUAUGUGAGUUUGAAUGAGAUCACGAGGAAGAUGACAUCAUUAGUGCUUA